GUUAUAAGCACGAGCACCGGCUAUUCAGCAGCUUAGCAACUUAGUGGCGGUCCCAGGAUCCCUACCGGUAACACAGAGCCUUGAACAUACUUGUGCUCCUUCUCGUUACGCGUUCUUAUCUCGCUUGUUUCCGUUUCUCUGGGGAUGAACCGACGACAUCGAGCGUCGUCACUAACGACGCUACUGUUGCUCGUCAUACAGACUAUUGUUACAAUUUUGUUGAUCUCUGGUAGCAUAGAAGCUAAUGAUCCAAAAAGUAAAUCAAUCGUUUCUGAGUCGUCAUUCGAAGAAGUCCAACAAGGGGAGGAGGAUGAUAACGCGGUGAUCAUUGACGCUGCCAGUGAUACGGACGUUCGGCUCGAGACGAGAGACGGUCGUGGUAUUCUGUGGAAUGGAGUUUCCAACAGCGACUCCUGCCUCACGUCGAAAGGCGAAGUUGGUCGUUGUACCAGCUUCAAAGAGUGCUAUCCAUAUUUUAAAAUCCCUGAUCUGAGCGCUCUUGAUGGCUGGGUUCUCGGUGUUUACGACACCUGCAGCUAUGUACGGGAUAAUAGACAAACAAAUUUUGGAAUUUGUUGCUCCAAUAUACUUCCAGUCGUUACGCCACCGUCAGAUAAUAAUGAAGAUCCUACUAUAGAAAAUGCUCAGGAAGAGAGUGCCGAUAAGAAAGACGAAGAUAUGACCGUGAAACCAAGACCGCAGACACCAGGUUCCUGGCCACCACCAAUUCCCACGCAUCCACCUGAUCAUACCAUACCACCGCUACCUACUCAUCCAUCGUUCGAAUUGCCGACGUUCUCUACGAUAAAACCAGUUCUAACAUCGAAAAAACCUAGCGUCGCAACGACCUGGCCGACGAAGAAACCCGCCUGGUGGCCACCAAGUACGUCGUUCGUGCCAACCACCAGCGAGAAACCCCUAGGAACUAUUUCGAACAUCGAUACGUCUCAAUGCGGAGCGAAAAAUGGUAAUCAAGACCAGGAACGGAUCGUAGGCGGUCAGAAUGCUGUCCCUGGCGAAUGGCCUUGGAUAGCGGCACUCUUCAACGGUGGACGACAGUUUUGCGGUGGUUCGCUCAUCGAUGAUAGACACAUUCUCACCGCAGCUCAUUGCGUUGCCAACAUGAAUUCCUGGGACGUAGCGAGAUUAACGGUCCGUCUGGGAGACUACAAUAUCAAAACGAACACGGAGAUCUCACACAUCGAACGACGAGUUAAACGAGUAGUUAGACACAGAGGUUUCAACGCACGCACUCUGUACAACGAUAUCGCAUUGCUCACCCUCAAUGAACCUGUUCCAUUCACGAAAGAAAUACGACCCAUCUGCCUGCCGAGUGGCCCGCAAUUAUACAUUGGAUGCACUGCUACGGUUAUUGGCUGGGGCUCUUUGAGAGAAAGUGGACCACAACCAGCAAUACUGCAAAAGGUAUCAAUACCUAUCUGGUCGAACAAUGAAUGCAAAUUAAAAUACGGUGCAGCAGCACCUGGUGGUAUUGUGGAUAGUUUCUUGUGUGCAGGCCGAGCUGCAAAAGAUUCCUGCUCGGGCGACAGCGGAGGUCCUUUAAUGGUGAACGAUGGUCGCUGGACGCAAGUAGGUAUCGUCAGCUGGGGUAUUGGAUGCGGAAAAGGUCAAUAUCCUGGCGUUUACACCAGAGUGACGCAUUUCCUGCCUUGGAUUCAAAAAAAUUUGAAGUGAAACUCGCGCUAGAAGAUACAUUAGUCCUACUUAAGUAUUUUGUUAUUCGUAAUCUUCACCCUCGCAUCGUCGAACUCAACAUGGCGUCAUGUAAAAUAACGAAAUUCAUAGACUACUAAAGAUUUUUUACAUAAAUAAAAACGAUAUCAUUCUUCUAA